GGAGACGACGAGGCAGAAACAGGCGGAUUUUUCCACCUGCACGCACUGACUGCAGCGCAUCUCCACCGGCCAGCUGAAGGCCUAAAAUAAUCUGCCAGGAUGAUAGUCAACGUGGUUAUGUUAAGUUUUCUCUUCACUGCAGCCAUUUCUGCGCCUCUAAAAGGUGAUGAAGAGUCGAUGACGUUAUUCCACGGGGAGGAUUUUCACAUCCUGCUGUCGUCGCAUGAGGUGGAGGUCACAUUCAAGAACCGCUCGGACCCUCGGAAGCCGCCAGUGGUGUUGAUGAGGGGGGGCAAAGUGGUUGGCAGUCGGGCCAAACCAAACUUACACCUCAAUCACCUCAUUAUAGAAGCUGUGGGUGAGGGGGACGAGGGGCUGUACACGAUGAAGAAUCCCCAAAAUCCAGAUGACGUCAAACAAAUAUCACUUAUAGUCCGAGACUGCACCAUCGAGCAGAUCAUCAAAUAUGGAGGCAGAUUCAGUAUUCCACUGCUGGGGGUGACUUCUCCUAUCACGCUUGAGUAUAGGCCCAGCGCUGUGGAGGCCAACCAGACAUCUAGACCGGCUUUUGUGCUGCUGACUGCCGCAGGUUCUUCCACAGAGCCUUAUCAAGAGCGCAUCAGUGUCGGCGAGCGUUACGUCACGCUCAGUGGUGUUACAGGUGCAGAUGAGGGGAGCUACACUGUCAGGGAUAACAAAGGCGUCAUCCAAAAGAAAGUGUGUCUGAAUGUCAAAGAGCACAAAAGCUUUGUGACCGUGGCAUACGGAGAAAAACUGAAGAUCAGCCUGAUCCUCAACAGCUCGUUGGUCCUUCUCUUCUACACACCCGCCUCUGACUCCUCACCCCGCCUGCUGCUGGAUAAGGGAGAAUUUACCAGUGCCCAGACAGAGCUGGGGUUUGAAGACCGCAUAUCUUUGGAGGAUUCUGUGGUUUUUCUGGACCAGGUCAAGGCUUCAGACGCAGGCCUGUUUAAGAUUACAGACUUGCAGGGAUUCACCGUGUCCACCAUCCAACUGGGAUUAGAACCCUACAAACUGGAGCCUCUCUAUGUGGCCAUCAUUGCCCUGUUGGGCCUACUGACGUUCCUGCUGCUCGCUUGUCUGCUGUCCUGCCUGAUCAAAGUGAAGAAGAGGGCCAAGAGGGCUGCAGCCCUGGAAAAACUUGCUCAGAACGCUGGCAAAGAAGACGAGGGAGAGGCUUUCAGACAGGUGGUGAAGAACAUCACCAAGCUUAGCGAGGAAUCCAAGCACUCCCAGGCAGAUACCACAGAGAAAUCUCAGAGCACUGAGGUGGACAUCAAAGGUCUGGAGGUUUCCUCUAAAGAAGUCGGGGUUGGUAAUCUUGAAACCAGUGAUUCAGGCGUUGGCUUUAACACCGCUCUCCCACUGGACACUGACACAGACGCCCCUGAUCAAAUCCCAGACUCUGAGGCUGCAAGCAUCUCUGUUGCUCCUGAAACCAAACCGAGUCCUCCUCCUACUGCUGAGUCAGCUGCUCCACCAGCUACGGAAAUUAAGCCCAGUCCAGUACCUGAAACCAAAGUCAGCCCAGUCCCCGAGACCAAGAAAACCCCUGAUCAACCUAAGAAAGAAAAGUUGGAUGCACCCAAACCAGGGGAUUCUAAACUUAGUCCAUCCCCAAGUCCAGAGCCAAAAGCUGGCCUGAGCCCAGCUGAUCCAAAGCCUGCACCCAGUCCAAGCCCAGAACCCAAGCUAGCAGUUCCCCCAGCCACCACUUCGACACCUGAGAAGAGCACCUCAGCUCCUACUACAGACCCCAGCAAACCGACUUCAGCAGAACCUAUUACUAACGGCACAUCCGAGCCAGGACCGGAUGCCAAAGCAAGUCCAGAUCAUGUGGAUAUUAUCAAAAGCUCGGCUCCAAAAGAAGUCUCCCCCAAAACCCACGAAGCAGAGCUGAGAUCUAGUGUUGUCCCAGAGGGCCACAAAGAUGGCUCUGCAGCUGAGGCUUCAGCCACCACCUGAGAACUGCACCUGCAGGAAGCAGGAAGAAGCCCCACAGAUCCCCGGUUACCACCACUGCAGACAAUCGAACACCCCCCAACAAAAGAUGAGGAAACCACAGCAGCUGGGGCGAGGACGUCGAUAUAACUUUUAGAGCCUGAACCCACCCUGAUAAUGGUACUUCUUUUUUUAUAACUUUUGAAACUUUCUGACUGAGGCACACUCCAAAUAUCACACAGGGCUUUUAACUAGUAAACACUUUAGUUGUACGCAUCCUGCAGCCUCGUUUUUUUUUUCCUUUGUAAAACUGCCAAGCUGCAAAUGAAGAUUUUUGCAGAGUUUACAACUAAAACGUUAACUCCAUA